AUGUCCGAACACAAAACAAAACGACGUUUGCAGAACGAGUCCAGUGAAGAGGACGAAAAUGAUGACUUUAGGAAGAACGCGUUUAUAGAAGACGAAGCCAUAGAAGACGAUGAGGACGAGAGUGAAGAGAUGCAGAUGACCGAACAACAACGGAAAGCUGAGGAAGAAGCACGUCAACGGUAUAACCAGCCGAAUCGCGCACGCGUGCAAUUCUUAGAGAAGAUAUCUGAUCCCAAGAAAUACGCUGAAAUGGUCGAACAACGCGACGUCGAAGAGAACGAAGAGGUCGAACCACAAGAAGUUGAAGAGAAUUUACCGGAGAGAGAUUAUGAUAAAAGCUUUCCCGUCUUUGCUGUGAAGUGUCGUCCUGGCUAUGAAACGGACAUAGCGAUGCGAGUCAUGAAGCUGUGGAUCACUAAUAAGGAUCGACCGAUGCAUAUGUUCUCUGUGUUUGUACCUGUAGAAAAGAAAGGAGUGUUGUACGUCGAGGCGCUCGAUAAACCGAAGUUUGUCGAUGCGUGCGAGGGCGUCAGAGACAUUUACGUGAACACGUGCACGCAACUGACUGACGAACAAAUUAAGGAACUCCUCAUUUCAAGAGUGCCGGAUAAUAUCGAAGUGAACACGUACGUCAGAGUAGCGACGGGGGAUUAUAAGAAUGACAUUGGUGUUGUUGUGCAAAUCGAAGAGAACAAAAAGAUCAAAGUGAGGUUAGUGCCUCGGUUUGAUAUCCAGAAAUAUCAGACAAUUGCAAAGAAGAAACUCGAACUCAUGAAGGAAGAAGACGAAGAGGGCGGGGGAGUGAAGAAAAGACGGUUUAAAGUCGAAGGGAAGAAUAACACAAAACAAAUGUUCGACCCACAGAAACUCGGAAUAGCAGACGCCGUCGAAGAGAUUAAAAAUGAUGACAUGGAAGGGGUCACCAUAUAUAAAUUCAACGGACAAACGUAUUACGACGGGUUUGUGUAUAAGUCAUUCCCAGUAUCUUCACUUCAAUUCAACAAUAUAGUGCCAACAGACGAGGAACUGAUUCAGUUCAAUGUCGGCAACGAGAUGCAAGCGAAGGGGAAAUUGCGGUUUGGGAAAACGCGUAAUUUCAAAGUUGGAGAUUUAGUCACAAUUAUCAAUAGUGACGAGAGAGUGUAUGGGAAGAAGAGUAAGAUUGUCCAAAGCGAAGGAGAGUUUGUUGUAGUGGUUGGUAAUGAGAUCAAAGACCCGCUCCGGAUGACAUUUGCCGAUGUUCAAAUAUACUUCAACAGCGGAGACAGAGUUAAAGUGACUGAUGGGAUGUACAAAGGUGAAACGGGUAUCAUCGAUUCUUUGAAAGAUGAUGAAGUGUUUGUACUCACGGAUCGCAAAAAGGCGUUAAUUGUCGUUUCUAUGAUCGAUAUUGAAAACACGAAGGAGAUUGGGCAACAGAUCAACGAGUUGAAUGGUUACUCUGUGAACGACUUUGUUCAAUUAAGUUCGGGUGCGGGACUUGUCCUAGAAAUUUUGGCUGAUAGCAAUCGUCUUGUUAUAUUAAACGACGCCAAUCAAACAAUCAAAAUCGAACCGUCACUAGUCCAAGGGAAGUUUCCUGAAAGACGUGACGCGCGAUGUAAAGAUUGUAGGAGGAACUUUGUGAGUCUUGGCGACAAAGUGAAGAUAGUCGGUGGGAAUUAUAAAGGGCGUGAAGCGACGCUCAUUCAUAUUUUCCAGUUCAGUAAAGUGUUUUUGACAUGUCCUGGUGUGUUAGAGAAUAACUCCUAUAUUGUCGCCCAAUCGAAAGAAAUACAAGGGCCAAAUACAUUACAUAACGCUGUGGUACAACGACAGGAUCGACGGAUUGAACGACAUGACGAUCGAGACAAAUUCCAAGAACCAAGAAGUUCACGAGGACUUUCAUUCAGAGAGAUGAAAGGGAAGAAGGUGACUAUUUCUGAAGGGAUAUACAAGAACUAUAAGGGUAAAAUAGUUAAUAUGAAGGGGAAUCAAUUUGUCAUCGAGUUGGACGCUAAUCAGAGAAAUAUCAACCUUGAACAAGAACAAUUUAAGGUGCUUGAUAACUCGAACAACGGUACAUUCCAACGAAGUUAUGGCAACUUCCAACAAACGCCAUUCACUCCUUCAAGUAACAUGAUGAGUAAUACACCAUCUACUCCAGCAACUCCUGGAAGAAACGUAUUCACACCAGCGACACCAGCUGUACAAACGCCUUCACAAUCUGCAUUCACUAAUGUUAACCAAACACCACGAUUUUUGGCACAAACACCGAAGUAUACGGUCAGCACUCCUAUGCAGAUGGCACCCCCAAUGACCCCUGGGGUCGGAAGAAUGAGUGACCAACCUCCUAUGACUCCCGGCGUUGGAAGAAUGACGGACCAACCCCCAAGAACUCCAGCACAACAGUACUUCAAAAGCGAAUUUCCACAAACUCCAGGUGAAUGA